AUGACUCCUUGGGGAGGCCUGGCUCUCUCUGAGUCCUCCUUUACUUCAAUUCCCAAACGAUUUACUCCACAACCCUCUCCGCCUCCAUCCCCAGCCCCUCCUGUUCCUCGGCCAACAGCUGCCCCUCAUCGUGGCAGGAGACGGGAAGAAGACAAAGAGAGCUCAAGCUCAAGUUUUAACUCUGAAAUUCCAUCUCCACCUCUGGCAGUCAUGCAAAACAGCACAGGUGGAGCGGGUAAAGGGUUGCAGGCGAGGAGGAGGAGGGUGUUGCCUCAGCGUCGGGUUUCUCACCCGCCCCGUCUCCCACCGCUUCACCCCGUCACUAACCUCAGUUUCUCUCGGAGCUUCACUUUCUCCUUCUUCGAGCUGCCGCUGCACCAGUCUCCUCGCUGGCGUGCAGAGCGCGUCAGAAACCUCUGUACAAGCAAGAGCAAAGUGAAACUUUAUGCUGUCAGUAAUCUUUGACAGUGAUUUCAGAUGGACCCCGCUGAGCACUCCAGGCAGCCCGAUCUCGCGGACGCCCUGGACGAAGCACGGCUGGAUCUCCUCGGGCAGAGGGUCGAAAAGAAGUCUUUGUCCCUUUUGGAGAGGGUAAAUGCACAAUGUUGGUGCUCUGGUUCCAGGGUAAAAGGACUCCUGCUGAACUUUUUUCCUGUCCUGUCAUGGCUCCCUCGUUACCACAUCAGAGAGAAUGCUCUCAGAGAUCUGAUGUCUGGAAUCAGUGCUGGGAUCAUGCACCUACCACAGGGUAUGGCCAACGCCAUGUUGGCAGGAAUUCCUCCAGUGUUUGGUCUGUACACUUCUCUUUAUCCUCUCAUCAUCUACUUCAUCUUCGGCACUUCCAGGCACCUCUCCAUUGGUGUUUUUGCCGUCCUGUCCAUGAUGAUUGGGACAGUGACAGCUAAUGUGGAGUUGCUUAGCGACGGUGAUGAAGCAGCUGUUGAAGCAGCCAAAGUAAACGCUGCAGUGCAAGUCACCUUCCUUUGUGGUCUCAUACAGCUCCUGCUGUACCUGCUGCGGGGAGGUGUUGUGUGUCACUGGAUGUCAGAUCGUGUAAUCAGAGCCUACACCACAGCAAUAGCUCUGCACAUGAUCAUCCUGCAGUUGCCGCUAAUGACAGGAAUACCAGUACAGAAACAUACUGGACUGCUGGCAUCAGCGAGGACUUUAAUGGAGCUUCUCUAUGGAGUGAGCACUGCUGUAACUGGAACUCUGUUAGUCUCCUUGGUUUCAUUGGUGAUACUCAUUGGAGGCAAACUGCUGAAUGAGCACUUUAAGAACAAGCUGCCUGUCACCAUACCUUGGGAACUUAUACUGAUUGUUCUCAGCACCCUCCUGUCAGUGCAGAUGGAUCUGGCUGGACAGCACAGAGUCCAGGUGGUGGGACACAUACCCAGUGGCCUGUCUCCCCCAGCCCUUCCCUCGCUGUCUCAGUCCAGAGAGCUUUUCAUUCCAGCUCUGUUCUUAGCUUUGAUUGGCUUCAGUUUCCUCUCAGCCAUGGGCUCAAUGUUUGCCAACAGACAUGGCUACUGUGUGGACCCCAGUCAGGAGCUGCUGGCCCUGGGUCUGUGUAACACCGUUGGAGGGAUAUUUCAGUGCUUUGCUGUCAGCGGCUCCAUUACUCGCAGCAUGGUCCAGGAAACCAUCGGCGUCAAAACACAGAUGGCUGGUCUGGUGUCAGCUCUGUUCAUUCUGACAGUCUUAUUGGAGAUUGGUUAUCUAUUUGAGUCGUUGCCAAAGGCAGUGUUGGCAGCGGUUAUUGUGGUGAACCUUCAGGGCAUACUGGCUCAGUUCAAAGAUGUGCGUCUGCUCUGGAAGUGUGACAGAUUAGACCUGCUCGUGUGGGUAGUGUCACUGACGUCCCCCCUCAUUUUUAACCUGGAUCUGGGUCUGAUUGUGGCUGUCGUCUUCUCUCUGGUCACACUUCUCUACAGGAUGCAACACUCCUCCACUGUUGUUCUGGGUCACAUUCCUGGUACAGACUGUUACAGAGAUGUGGGACUCUACCUUGAGGCAAAGCAAGUUCCAGGUGUGACUAUACUCUCAUGUUCCAGCCCGAUUUACUUUGCCAACUCUGAAGUGGUGUUCACAAAGAUCAGACAGACAGUGAAUCGUGGUCAGAAGGAGAAUUCAGCUGGAGUCCACACCACUGCUUCUUCAGGUUCUUCCCCCUCAACCCAGACACAGACACACACUUAUUGCUUGGUUCUGGAUCUGAGCUCAGUCGCCUUCAUGGACUCUGUGGCCAUGACGGCACUUUGCAAGGUUGUAGAGGUUUUGGACAUCCAGGGUGUCAGUGUUUUUCUGGCAGCUUGCCCAGAGAAAGUUUUAUCCCAGCUCCAGACUCAGGGUUGUAUACCCGACAGCCUGCCCCGCUCUUGUGUCUUUCCUUCGGUCCAUCACGCUGUCCAGCACUGCCUCGCCAUCCUGCCCAGGUCUCUGGAGGGAAUCAACUUGGAUGCGAGCGUUUGUUAAAAGGACAUGCAGGAUUAUUAUCCUGCAAAUUGCAGGGCGUAAUCCUGUAUAAAGCAACUCCAAACAAACCCCCAAUGUGGAUGGAACAAUCCCAGCCUCAGU